CGCAAGUCAAAAGCGAAUCUAUACACGCAUUCAUCCUCUCUCUCUCUCUCUCUCUCUCCACCCUUUCCGAAAUUCCUUCGCCAUUGUUGCAAUCAUUAUCUCUCUGCCUCGAUUGCAAAGUCUCUUCUCGUCUCCUAUCCCUCUUCCCUUUUUCCCCUCUCUCCAACUGCAAAACCCUCUCUCUCUCUAUCACUCUCUCGAGCGGGGUUUGAUGGGUCUGCAAAUGAUCCAUCGGGAAUGAACAAACAAUACUGUUGAAGUAUAAGGGUUUCUAUUGCAAGAUUAUCCCAUGGAGAAGAUUGGUCUUUAUCCUGAAAUUUUUGUCGAAGAAUCUGAGGUUUUGGACGAAAAGUUUGAUGGCCUCAACUUAGAACAUAUUAAUCUCCAAUCCGUUUCUCUCACGGAGCCUUUCAGCCAGCUCGAUGCUCUACAAAUUGAGGAUGGUUGCUCAAGGAUGGACUCUAAUGAGGAAGCUCAAGAAGGCCCUCCCAUUCAAGUUGACUGUAAACACAAAAUAUCUCAUAGCACUUCUCAUAACCAAGGAGAUUCUGGCAACAACCACAAACAAAGGAAGUAUUUCUACUAUGACAUGCCUCUUUCUGAGGAAACUGGUGUAUGGAUACCUGUUUCCAUUCCCCCAAUGUCCCAAAGUGAUCACGAAGAAUGGGUGAGGGGUCUCAACUUCAAUGGUGGAUACUUCCCAGAAGGAGAUAUGGGGUGGGGCCAACUCAAUGAGGAGAAGGAGCUAACCAUGUGGGAUGUGGUGAGAGAGAUGUUGGUUGUGGUUCGUGGCAAAGUGAACUCUCUUGCCUCAGGUGAUCUCCAAAGCUAUAGAAUCUCACUUGUAUCAAACAACCAGCUCAUAGAGGAAGCUUGGAAAGAGAUGGCUCAAACACUCACUGAGGUGAAUUCAAACAACAUGAGAGAGAUUCUUGAAGCUGAGCCUCCAAAAUGGUUGGCCGAUAGUGCCGCAUCUUCUUGCAUGCUAUGUAGUGUGCGGUUUCAUCCUAUCAUGUGUUCAAGGCAUCAUUGUCGGUUUUGUGGGGGGAUUUUUUGCCGAGAUUGUUCAAAAGGGAGGAGUCUUUUACCGACCAAGUUUCGAUUGGCCGACCCACAACGUGUGUGCGAUGUUUGUUGGGUGCGUCUCGAAGCGGCUCAGUCAUACUUGCUUGAUCAGGUCAGCCGGGCUGCACAGUUGCCGACACAUGAUUUGACAGAUCUUAGCACAUUGAGGUCAUGGGUGAAUUUCCCGUGGGGGCAGUCCAUGGAGUAUGAGAUUUACAAGGCUGCAAACACAAUCAGGAGUUACACAAAGGUGGGUUAUUUGAGACCUGAAAGGUCUAUCCCAGAUGCUGUUCUACGAGGAGCAAAAGGCCUGGCCAUUCUUACUGUUGCAAAGGUUGGAUUGAUGGUCACUUAUAAGGUUGGAACUGGUAUUGUAAUUGCCCGUAGAGAAGAUGGCUCAUGGUCGCCACCUUCUGCCAUUUCUUCUUUUGGAGUGGGAUGGGGUGCCCAGGGGGGAGGCGAGUUGAUAGACUUUAUAGUUGUGCUGAGGACAGAUGAUGCUGUGAAAACAUUCAGUGGAAAUGUGCAUUUCUCCGUCGGUGCAGGUCUUAGUGCAGCUGCUGGGAUUUUAGGGCGAUCAGCUGAAGCUGAUAUACGUGCAGGUGAUGGUGGCUAUGCAGCUUGUUACACCUACAGCUGCAGUAAAGGUGCAUUUGUGGGCUGCUCACUUGAGGGAAGUGUCGUCACUACACGCAUCUCUGAAAAUUCAAGAUUCUACGGGAGUUCAUCCAUCCAAGCAUCUGAGAUCCUCCUUGGCUUCCUACCGAGACCCCCGGCUGCUGUAAUUCUUUAUCGGCCACUAUUUGAUCUCUUCCAAAGGUUUGAAAAGUGAUUGAUAGAAACUGGCCAUGAUUAUACUCUCUGUCAGGUAUGCUAUAUUCUGCAUGAGAAGUUCAGGUACUCAUCAGCAUUUGGAAAGCCCUCUCUCGGGUUCCAUAUAAUUGUGUAUAUUCAUGUUCAUUGUUUUAUCUUGGGAUGCAUAGUGCUUGCCAUUGGUUGCAUUACUUUUGUUGGCUUGGAUAUGUUUCUUUAUCCCAUAUUCUUUCUCUGAUGUACAGUACUGGUUAAUUAAUUAAUGUAUAUGGCAGGGAAAAGUUUCAUAUGCAUAGGGAAUUGUUCUGGGAGGAAUUGAUUGCAAUGAAAGAAAUACUCUCUUUAAUCA